CAGUGUGAACAUAAACAACCACUACAGCAGCGUCACUGACCGUCCUUCACUUACAAAAUGUACUUUAAUGGUAAAGUGAUGAAAACAGGAACAAACAGAAGAGGAAGAAACACGACCAAUAAUCACAACUGAUCAGAGUUCUCACAGCACAGAACUGAUGUAUCACUGUGGUGACAGUAACAGGAUCUUACAGCAGCAGGUUCCCUUUAAUGCAGAUGUAGGUAGGAUGAUCAUGUGAUCAUGUUUACGCUGCAUGAGCGUGAAACUGAACUUCUGCUUUAUUUUGGUUCUAAUUAAUGUCCCAACUCAUUAAUUAGAACCAUCAGCGUAUGAAUGUGUGUGAACGGGUGAAUGUGAUUCGUAGUGUAAAAAAAAGUGCUUUGAGUGGUCGGAAGACUAGAAAGGCGCUACACAAGUACAGUCUAUUUACCAGCUAGCAGGCUACAUGUAUGUAGCAUGCAGUGACCUCUGACCUCCUGCUGCAGGUCUGUUCAUGUUUAUGUAUAAACAUCCGACUGUAACUUCACAGAUACUGUAGCCACCAUGGUUACCACGAGCUUUUUACUGUAACCAUGACGAUAACAAUUCCCACAUGUUAAAGUAAUUACAACCUAAACCGUCAUCUUUCUCUAAAUAACUGACUGAACUGACUGUGUCGGUUGAACCAGGCCGACAUGUUGCCGUCAGCAUGUUUCCAUCUGUCACAUCACCAACAACGUUCGUCAAUAACAGUCAGAUUUGGCACUGAGCUGAUAAAACGCACCGUUGCCCUGACAACAGAAACACGGUCUGCUUCUGACAGUUUCAGCUGAUCUGCUGUCAGGUUUCAAACUGCUGCUGCUGCUUUUCAGGCCAAAUAAAGAAAUCAGGAAACGGGACUAAAAGUCUUUUUAUUGGUGUGAGUUGAGAAAUGAAGAAAAGCAGAAGUGGUGGCCACUCCUCAUCCAGACAUCAUGAAGAGUUCAUCUGUGCGUCUGCUGCUCGGUGUGUCUGUGCUGCUGCUGUCUGGACCGACUGUUUCUGCAGUCUCUCUGAGCGUCCGUCCAAACCUGCAGCAGUUCUUCAGACGUUCUACACUGACUCUGAGAUGUGAUGAAGAUGGACAGACAGCUGAUGGAUGGACGGUGAAGAGGACAGCAGGAGGAGAGACUGAACAGUGUGGGAACAGUAAACAAAACUUUGGGAGGAUUGAAGGUUCUUCCUGCAUCAUCUCAACUCUCCUUCUCUCAGAUUCUGGAGUUUACUGGUGUGAAAACAGUUCUGGAAAGAUCAGCGAACACAUCAACAUCACAGUUACUGGUGGUCAGUUGAUCCUGGAGGUUCCUGCGCUUCCAGUGUUGACAGGAAGUGAUGUCACUCUGCGCUGUAGGUCCAGAGAUGGUUCCACACAGGCAGCUAAUUUAUUUAAGAACGGCGAACCUUCUAGAGCUGGAUCUACUGGAGAGUUUACCAUCAGUAACGUUCAACAGUCUGAUGAAGGUUUCUACUCGUGUUAUGCUGAACUGUUUGCAGAAUCUCCAAGGAGCAGGCUGAGGGUCAAAGCUUCUCCUCAUCCUCCUCCUCCUCCUCCUCCUACCUCCUCUUCUUCCUCUCCUCCUCCUUCUCGUCCUUCUUCUCCUGUGUCUGUGGACAGAGGUUUAGCGUUAUCCCUCCUCUGCCAUCUAGUGGUCGUCUGUCCGUUCUGCAUCUCUACUGUCCUGAUGGUGUCCAUCUACUGCAGCAGGAGGACAGGAAACACACCCGCCGUCUCCAUGGAGAUGCCCCAGCGUGCUGGAGGAGGUCAGGGAUUGGAUGGCGUGUAUGAUGACAUCACUGCUGAUGUCACCACUGAGUAUGACUUCUGAGCUGCAGCAGCGCAUUGAUCUGAAGCGUUACAGUGAACUGUGUGAUGACGAGGAGGAGGAGGAUGAAGGUGAUGACCGUGUGUGUUUGAGCCAAUCAGAAGCUGCGGAGGAGAAUCCUCUCCUGAUCCUUCUGUAUGAAUCUGUUCCUCCUCACAAGCCGUCAUGUCAACAUGCAGCAUGUGAGGAAUGAACUUUAAAUAAAUUAUAACUUGACGUCUUGUUUGUUUGUUUGUUUGUUCUCGUUAUAAAACAGCU